GAAAUAUUCAUUGUUUUAAUAUUUUUAUUUGCCGUUUUAGUGUCUUCUUUUACCGUGGAUGUAUUAUGGAAGACUAAACAUGACAGACUACUUAUUUAGAAUUCUACGUAUCGAUAUCUAAACAUCAAUAUUAUACCAGUAAUCAUCGCACAGACUACUUAAUAUCGAUGAUUAUUCCGAUUUAUAUUCAAUGAUCGAUUAAUCUAUCGCUGAAUAUCAUUCAUUUAUCCGUCAUACCAAAAUAUAAUUAAAUAUAUAUAACCUAUAUUAUUUAUUAUUAUUUAAUUUAAACAAUUAAAUGUUACAGCAAAUAGAUGUUACAGUACAAAACAACUAAACAUUAACAUGGCCAAUUCACUAUUGUCAAAAAUGGGCGCUAUGCGGCUUUCCCCUGCAGCUGUCUACAUUCAGUCGAUGCGCACUACAACAUCAAAACAUUGGGAUCCCAAGUUUAAAAAACUUAGAGCCCUAAAAUUUAUGAAAUUUAAACUACCUGAUCACAAUGAGGAUAUUAGUGCCAUGUCUCCAGAGAGAAUCAGACAGAAAAUGAAAGAGCGGGGCCUUCUUCCACCGCGACCAUGGAUGGAGAGACCUUUUUAUAUAUCUGCUACAGGUGGUGUGUUCGAACCCUAUGUACCACCAGAAGGAGACGGCAAAGCAUCGGUCAUAUCCACCACGCGUGCCAAACAAACAGUCGAACUACUUGAGAAAAAAUCAAAAUCAAUGAUGGCCAUCCGCAAAAUAAAGUCAUACGAAGAGGAAUUCGAGACAAAACAGUUUCCCGAACUAGCACAGAAGAUUUACAUAGCAGCGCAUGAGAGUUUAGUGAAUGGCGACAAGAAGUCACUACGUCUAUAUGUUACUGAGAAGGCUUAUCCGGAAUUUAGGCACAAUUCAUAUUUGAAGACGAUCAGAUGGAGGUUCUUGGAUUCUUUGGAGCCGCCUAGAAUAGUACAUGCUCGGUGCACCGACAUCGUUAGCAAAGAGAACAUAUUUGGACAGGUAACCGUCCGGUUUCACACUCGUCAGCAGCUAGCCGUGUACGAUCGGUUCGGUCGGCUCAUUCACGGCAGUGAGAUACUAGCCAAAGACGUUCUCGAGUAUGUAGUCUUCGAGAAACAUCUCUCCAACAUGUACGGUACUUGGCGUGUGCACGACAAGAUCAUACCCGACUGGGCGCCGCCUAAAGAACCCUCCAAGUUGACGCGCUGUAAACCGGACCCGGUACCAGAGCCGGAAGCAAAGGAGGAAGAAACUCCGGCUAUAGCCGACAAAUAAUGUAGCUGUGUAAAAAAAUAGUUUAGUAAUAAAU